AUGCUAGAAAUCCCAUGCAUACCGCCGUUCAAUCUAAAUCCCUCGGACGAGCCUCUCAACAGAACAGAAACUAAGAAGAAGGAGAAGAAGAAUAAGGAGAAGAAGGAGAAGAAGAAGAAGAAGAAGAAGAAGAAGAAGAAGAAGAAGAAGAAGAAGAAGAAGGAGUAGAAGAAGAAGGAGUAGAAGAAGAAGAAGAAGAAGAAGAAGAAGGAGGAGGAGGAGGAGGAGGAGGAGGAGGAGGUAAAGGGUAAAGGGCGACAAGAAAUCUGGUAGUAGUUCCGAUGGCGGUCAGUAUCGCCUUUAUUUCAUUUCUUUAUGGCAUUUACCGUGAUACUAAUUCCAGUGCGUAUACUUAGUCACCAAGCGCCAGCCCGAGGACGCUCAGGAGGAGCUCAGACAUUGUGCCGUGCCGGCGUCUCUCACGCCGCCAUCCACAUCAUGCCCGCCAUGGGUCCUGCUGCCGUCCUCGCGCCCCCGGUCCCUCCGGUAUCUGCUUCUGGGGAGG